GUCGUCAAUGUUAGUUUGGAAAGCUAAAUGACUUUGUCUCCUGCCCAACCUUGUAGGCAAGUCUGCAGCCCAUCGACGUAGAUCUAGCCACGCUUUUGUCCGACGAGCCCAUCGAUGUCCCGCCACCUUCGCCCGACAUUCUGUUCGCAGUGCGAGAUGUGGCAAAAGUCUUCAUCGACUACGCCCCUUCGCAAGCCUUGAGACAAGCGACGAAUCCAGCGACUGACUCGACUUCCGUCCAGCUGGACGCCAAGGACCUCUUGCAGUUGCGAAUGUACACUCUAGACGAGCAUUCCGCCGCUCUAGCGCAGGCUCUGCUGCGGCAGUACGUGUCCGAAGCAUCACAAGCUUCAUCGCGUUCCCUCAUGUCCUACGCCGUGUCGCCGGACAACGUUGGUGGUAUUCCUCCCGACCACCGAGAGCACAAGGGCGCUCUGUACGGCAUGGUCCCGAGCUUCGCUCAAUCUCAACCGAAUUGGACUGCUCGUGCGACGGCAGAAGGUCUGAGUUGGCGUGUCGGCAGGCAUCUUCGAUCUUGGGAGACGGACGCUGGUCACAUGCAGAUUUCAAACAUCUUUCAUGCAUCGAACGAAAGCGGUGCGGAGUAUACGUUGUCGCCCUGGUCUUUCCUUGAACGGAAAUUAUCGACAUCUGGUCAAAGCGGGCAGCCCAUUUCGGGAUCUAAAGAGCGCGUGUACAGCGUAGAAUUUGGCAUCAUCACUUUCGAUUCGCCGGGUGACUCUCUGCUCAGUGCACCCAUGCUCUCGACUUGGCCGCUCAAUGCGCUGCAGGAUCAGCUCAGCUCAAUGGAUCCACCUUCCUUCCGCCCCUCGGUCGCACCUUGGGGCACGCUCUUAUUGGCCGAUUACAAGAGCGGCAGGAAUGUUACGAGGGGCUUGUCUGGCAUAGGAAUGCUCGUGGACCAGAAGGAAGAUCAUCAUGCUAGACUAACAUAUCGCGCCGCUGAUGGUCGAAGGCUUGUGGUCAAGAUCGCACACCCGACGCCUGCUACACACAAUCCUGCGGUCGAGGCCCGCGCGCUCGAGGCACGUCGUGCGAAGAGUCAGUUUGACACUGAACGCUCAGAGCCAUUUGAUCUGGAGUCUGAAGACUCUGAAUGGGAGCCAAACCAUGAGGCGCCAGCGUCUACAGCUCCAAGUCUGGACAGCAAUGUUGAUGAAGCCCUCAAGAAUUCGAGUCACGACGAUGCUACCAUCGCUCCCGAGCCGGACGCAACCCCGGUCGCACCUGCCGACACGGCCAUAUCUGCUUCCUGGGCGAAUGCAUCAGAAGCGGACGUCAUUGCGCCACAGCACCCCGUUGAUAUGCGCAUACAGGCCUUGCAACGGCACUCGCUUUCGCAAGACGAUGUCGCAAGCGUUCGCAGUGCUCUCGAAGGCUUUCUGCAAAGCUGGACCCAGCUUGCGAAGGAGGCGGCCGCGCACGAAAAAUCUCAAUCUGGCAAGCGUCAGGCUGCAGUAGAUGCAGUGCCAGUGCCGCUCUCAGGCAAAGGAAUGCCGCUCGCUCCGUCGCAGCUCGUAGUAGGGGGUGAUCGUCUGAAACUCGAGAGCGCAGAACAUAUCGACUGCCUACAAUUCUACUAUGUGGGCACGUCGGAGCCACGCGCAUCGUACGAUCCUUUCGGCGAGCCUGCUGACAACCCUGCACAAUCUCAAGUGAGCGUCGAAGACGAUGCGCAACAAGCGUGGAAGAGCGUGAUGGACGUGCUGGAGGAAAUGUCGCAGCAGGAUGCGGACGCUACGCAGCGAGAGAGCGAUAGGAAAAUGCUCAAGGAGCUCGCUAGCGUGCCUUAUCGACCUCGAAUCGUCUUUGAAAACGUAAAAAGAGAUGGGGAUACACACUCGAGCACCAGGAUGCGUCUCGAAUGGUCAGAUGAACCCUCUCCUCCGGCGAAACUUGAUGGAAGCAUUGCAUCCGAGCCAGCUACAACUUCUACACCUGCUCUUCCUUGGUCGACAGCCGCUUACCACAUCAACAGCAUCUUGUCGCGCAAAUUUCGCACCUUGCGCGGCGCCCAAACGUAGCCUGGGCGAUUACUUGCCCGUGAUAGGUACAGCAGGAAAUAU